CGAGGCCAUGAGCUCGAACAUUCAGAAUGGCCUUUUUAAAAAUAGCUUUGCACUAACGGCUAAGAAGAGAGAUCAGGAAAUCAUCAUGCCGGACGGGCAGCUUCUAUUAUUGCACUCUAACGGGCUAGUGAGCCACAGCAUGAGAACGAGAGAUCAGCAAGUAAUCAGGGUAACCCUUGUCUUGACAGAUAAUCUGCAGUGUUGUAAAGACCUCUGGUGGUAGCUUUAGACAGAUUUUUGAGGAGCUCUGACUAGCGGCUUGUAUGCAGGGCAUGACGACUCAUUUUAAAGCAGGCAAAGCUUUAAAGGUAAAGAAGGAGGUGGGUGAGAAUGCCCCGGCGCUCAGUGAUGACGAGCUGGUGGCCAUGUCGGUGCGCGAUCUCAACCUGCACCUGCGUGGAUUGACUAAGGAAGACGUGGUUCGGCUGAAGCAGCGGCGGCGCACGUUAAAGAACCGCGGAUAUGCCGCCAGCUGCCGCAUCAAGCGGGUCACGCAGAAGGAGGAGCUUGAACGGCAAAAGACAGAGCUGCAACAGGAAGUGGACAAGCUGGCCCGUGAAAACGCCAGUAUGCGGCUAGAGCUGGACGAGCUUCGUGCCAAGUAUGAGGCCCUGCAGUGCUUCGCCCGGACUGUCACCCGUGGGCCUACCGGCAAGGUGGCAACUACCAGCGUCAUCACUAUUGUCAAGUCUGCCAAUCACAGCCCCAGCUCCGCCCCUUUCUCUGCGCCUUCAUAAUGCUGGUUGACAGUGCCUGCCCAGCUCCCUCUGGUCCAAUCUGGCUCUCAACCUAGACUGGUCCAUUGGUUGCAACCUGACCCACACUGAGAGGUAGCUCAGUGAUCAGUCUCAGAGGAGUCAGUGGUGGUAUUAAUCUGCGAGAUUACAGCAAACUGCGUCCAUUUUGUUUUUCCUAUGUUUGUUUUACACACUCACAGAACACACACACAUUCAAAAACAUGUACUUUAUAUUGUCUGUGCACUGUUUUAUAAACUCCCGGCACCGGCAGGGUACAUUGGCCGUUCUUUCCAUGUCAUCACAGGCUGAGACUUAGCAGAGAUAAGCACAUGUUAAAGUGUUUGAGAGUACUUGUUUUAAUCUGCCAUGGCAGCACUGGUCCGACAGCUCUGAUGCCUGUGGGAUAUUGCAUAGACAUUAGAAACUGAAUAAAGUAUUAUAUCAUUAGAUGACAUAAUCAAUACUUGGAGAUUAUUGCAAAUUUUCCCAUUUCAUGAUGUCAUUUUAUAUCAUGGAAUAUGUUGUCUCAUAAAUCAUUACUUUAAAAUGAUAUCAGAGAUUGUGUAAGACUGGAGUGGUAAAAUGCAACAUUUUGAUUCUGGUUUAAACCAGGUGUGAUUCACACAGUCCAAUGUUUAUAAUGAUGUUAUCUACAUCAAGGACCAAUCCUUAUCCUGAAGCAUUGAUUACUGAUAAAAACAAAGAAAAUUAACCAUUGGGAAAUUAGCCAAGCCUCUCAUAGUCAGCAGUUUAAACAUAUUAAAACAGCACUUAUUUUACUAUUGAAUUACAGUGUAAUACUAUGAAGCACUUGUAAAGCAGACUGGCGCAUGUAAAUAUUAUAGACUGAAAUGGCACCACAGGCACUUCAUUGUGUUUUUGUGUUAUUUCUUUUAUGAGAGAUUAGUAUAAAGUUUAUUAUUCUCAAAGUGUAAUGUGUUGAUGUUAACGUCUAAUAAGUGGCCCAUCUGUGUUGUCAGUUAUCUCAAAGAUAUACAGUUUUCCCUGAACUUGCUCUAUACAACACCAUAAAAAAUGGUAGGUAAUCCAUAUUGGAUAUAGUGAUAACAGGAGCUGACUUUAUAAAAAUACAACAUCAUGCUGUUCAAUUAUAACCUGUAUAUUACAGAACUGAGUUACAGCCUUAAGCUUACCAAAUAAAGUCAAAUUUAAGCUGCCCACUUCUGUCAACUCAGAAUUAAGCAUUCCUACUGCUAAGUCAUGAAAGAUGCCACUGCCGGUGUUGGUAACCCUGAUUAAAUGUACAGUAUAUACAAUGCAAAUAUUUGAUAUUUCGACACAGACUCUUGGGUAAGGAGAAUCCUGCUGUCCUGAUGCAAAAUUGUGAUGUUCUGAAAACACUUAUAGCAUAGCAUUUAUGCUCUGUUGUUUAAUUAUUCUCUAAAUUGGUCCUUUGUAAAUUGAUGGCUGAAAUCAGGAUUGUCUCUUACUUAAGUGGCUAUGACUGUUCCUCCUCUUGUGAACUCUUCCACUACUGCAGGAAGCAUUAGGGGGUAUUGUGCUGCUGAGAAGCCCACUGCCAGUUCCAGCUCUCUGGAGUCCUGUUGUGCUCCUAGCACACUUAUUUUUAUAUUUCCAUGAGUGUUUUAUGUUAUUUUGUCCUAUCUAGAUCUGAUGUUCUCCACCAUCUCAUAUUUUAUUUGUAUCAAGGACAUGAAAUACCUUCAGAGUGUGACCUUGUUAAUUGUCUCUUUAAUAUCAGUGGUUUAUUUAACUGAUUCAGUUCAGAUCUAGUUCUUUCUUACACUUCUCACCCAAAUUUCUAGCCUUAAAACCCAUAUUGUCAUUUUCUCUAUGUACAUAAUCUCUAGUACACUAUUAGUUUUAACGGUGAAUGUUAGUGUUGACUCAUAGAGAUGCUUUUGUGGGGUUGUUUUCUGACAGUACAUGUUUUUAAAACAUGUAACUUCAGUAUUUGGCAUUGUUUUGGGGUGAUUUGGAUGGUUAAACUAACUAAACCGUCUAUUUCUGAAUGUGUCCUUGGCAGUUACACAUGAGCUGCAGCUCUUUAAAGAUGACCACAGGUUUGGUUGCCAUAUCCUCUUUUGUUAGACAUGUGGGUUUUCAAAUGACUGUGUUCAAUUUUCCCUUAGACCACAGAUGCCUUUAAGAGGAGACACAAAUCCCAGAAUUUCCCAUUUGUCACAUUCUGGCCAAAUUCUCUGUUCCUCUAUGAUACCUAAUGUGAUACAGAAUAUUAGAAUUCUUUGGAAUAAAUUUUUUCCCUUGAAAGGAAUUGCUACAUAUCACUUGUUUAUGGAAUAAGAGUGUAAAGUGACAAAGUGACAAAACAGCUCUUUCUGUGCUUUACACUGACAUCUGGUGGUGAUCUUUAUUAUUUCUUUUAUUUUUCAUAAUGCUGUGAUCAGAUGCUGAUGACACCAAGAUCUGCUAUAUCUCUUCUUGGACUAUUGAGACAUUGUUGCUUAGCUAUACUGUUCAUUUUAGCUGCCACCAAAGCCAUAACCUACCUAUAUGCUUUCAUUUCAGUUUAUUUAGUUCAUCAAAUUAAUUUACACCCUCUGGUCGUCAGAUCAGGGCAAUUCCUGUGGACAAUUCCUUAUUUUGAAACCAUGCAGUGCAGUAAACGAUUCUCCUAACACAGUUAGAUGGUGAAGAUGGUCUCUAAUCUAAACUAAGUGGGUACUUAUCCCUGUAGUUUUAUUCUAUGUAUGCUGUAUGUGGCCUUCUAGGAUGAAUAGGAUAAAUUAUUAUAUAUUUUACACAUAUCUAUUUGUCAAAGUGUAUCAUUUGUGCUCUAUCAGUCCUUAAAAGCUAUUUACCAUGAAUGCACAUAGGAAUUUUAACCAAUGCUCUUUAAAACACACUUGCCCAUAAAAAUCAUAAGAGAAACUCCAUGACAUAUGAAGUAUGCUGCUCCAGAUUACUACUUUAUAUUUGUCAAUGGAAAGACCUAACUGUAUUGGGGGAAAUAGUCAUGUUAAUUGUAGUUCAACAUUGUGCCUUUUAACAUUCAACUUGUCAUCUUUUUAAGUACUGUAUGAAUGAGUGUGGUUGUUUUGUAAAAUCUUAUUUUCAUGUGCAACCACGUGGAACAGACUUGCCUGUUUGAUAGGUCUUGAAGGAGUAAUUGUUCUGCUCUAGCCUAUAUGAAAUGGCAAUUGUAAAUACAGACAUGAAAGGCAGCAACAUUUAGGCUUUGAUUAAUGUUAUUCAUGAUUCUCAUUAAUCUGCUUGUAUUACAUUGAACUUUGAUAUUUAUUUUUAUUUUGUUUUAUUUUCAUCAUAUAAAUUAUUUCAUUCUUUUGUUUUCCUUCCAUGAACAACCCUCGUGUACAAAUGAAAUCACACUGUUUUUCUUUUCAUUCUGGCUAAAUAUGAGGUGGUAAAUUAUUCCUGUACAAAGUCUGCAGUGUUUGUUUUAUACUUU